CGUCGUACUCUAUGUGAUAUCACAAAUGUUCAACAACCUUCAUAUGUGAUCCCUGGUACUUAUUUGGUAGAUUUACAAUGUCGUUAAUUACAUGUGUGUAUUUGACAAUCAUACUAUUUGUGAUUAUGUUUAACUUCUCUUUGCUUUCUGAACGCCCGUGGUGGAUAACUAUAGGAACUAAUGUUGGGGCAGAUCAUAUCUUGGGGCAGCUAAUCAAACCCACGCGAGAUGAUAAGCACAGGAAAGUUGAUCUUCGUCCCCUUUGUAAUUCAAAUGACCCAGCUAGCUCGGUUGAUACAUCAAUCUCGCAUAAUGAAUCAACAUUUCCUCCUAAAGCUACGGGAGCGUCUGAUGUAAUUGCAGAUAAAAAUAUAAAAGGUAAAAUGAUUGUGCUUUUUCCAUACUCGUUUGCUGUCAUGUUGUUUUUACCUUUCGCUUUUGAGAGAAACCCAAGGAAGACAUCAGUAGAUAACUUGAAUGAUAGCACAGAAAAUACGCAAGUAACAGAAGAAGAACGCAAACGAGACCGUAAAAAAGCUUUGAGGAGAGCUGCAUAUCGGCAGAGAAAAGAUCGGAAACUCCAAGAUGAACAUGCACAGGCCCUUAUUUUAUCUGCCAACCCAACUAGCUCCAACUAUACAUCAUUCUCGGUUGAUGCGACGACAUUUCAUGCUACAACUACUGUCACAUCUGGUCUCAUUAAUGACAUGGAGGUACAAGAUGUGGUCUUGAAUAACACCCAAGAAACAAAGCAAAAAACCGACGAAGAACUCAAGAGAGAUCGUAGAAAUGCCCUACGGAGAGCUGCUUAUAGGAGGAAAAAGGAUAAGCUUAUCCAUGAUGAAAACAUACGUCCACUUUCGUUAUCAGGUAAAACAUGAUCUAUAUUUUCACCAUGACUUACAUAUCUUGUUUUGCUGCUCAUAGCUAAAUAUUCUUAUAGCCACCAUCAUGCUCGAUGCGUACAGUUUAAUGCUGCAUAUUAAUGCACCAUCAUGGUUUUUUUUCCUAUAGACGUCUUAAAUAAUAUUGGUUCUAACUAUGUUUUAAAAUCAUUACGAAACCAGACAACCCUAAUAGCUCCAGCUAUAUAGAAUUCGAGGGUGACGCAGCAACAUUUCCCCAUUCAACAUUAGACGCGUCUGUUGUCACUCAUGACAAUGAUCUAGCUAGGAGGCAACGUGAUAAUGAGCGGAAAAGAAAUUUAACAAACGCGCAAAGGGAGCAAAUAAACGCACAGAGGCGUGCAGAUUAUCAGCGGAAUAAGGACAAGGUAUCUGUUGAUGUCAGAGAAACAGUGAAUGAAAAAGUACGAGGAAAGCGAAUGCAACGUCGCAAAAGCAUGUCAGUGAUUGAGAAGGGGGAGUCAAGUGCUCAGAGGAAGGCCAAUUAUGCCAGAAGAAAAAACACCCCAUGCAACGAAUCCAUCGCGCUCCCACGUCCAGACCUAGCAAACUCAACCUCUGAAUGUCCCACUUUAAUCUGCCGCGCAUCAUCCGUCUCUCGGGUCGCCGAAGAUGAU